AAAUAAGAGAAAUAAUAUAUAAUAUAAUAUUAACUUGAAAAGGUAUGAAGCGUGUUUAUGACGAUACUUAUGUGCCGAAAUAUCUCAGUGGGAAAUGGUCGUGGGACAAAAAGCUCGACCGUCUCCACUUUGAGCCUCAUCGCGACUUGGUCGAUAAGAAGGAGCGCUAUAUGGAGACAAAUGGAUAUAAAUUCUUGCUGACGAUUAACCAGGAAGAGGAGGUGAUAUUUCGGCAGGAAUUUAUGCGUGGUGACAACACUUUCGAUACGGACACAGUGGUAAUCAACGAUGUACGUGAUCUGGUGCUCUUUUUGAUGCCCGGCGAUUUUCUGACUGCCAAGUUCAUCGAGUUUAUUCACAAACCCGCUGUGCAUAGAUUAUUGCAUGCUUUGAUCAUCUACUUCGAAUACUUUUUGCGAAUGGUUGAAUUCGUUCUAAUUCGACGAGAUGAGCUUGCUGGGAACAUGGCCCAGAUACAAAGUGAGCAAACGAAUGAUAUGAAGCGCAUAUUCUCGAUCUACUUGAGUCAGUAUCGAAUGCUAGUGGCUCGCAACUAUAGCGCAAUUCUGAAGGGCGAAGGGGAUAUGUCACAGUUCUAUCAUAUGAAGGAGAUAGUUAAUAUAUCUUCCACGAUCCACGAUAAAUAUUUUCAUGAGCAAUUCCUGGCCGUUGCGAUACAGAUCGUAUGGAUCACCUUGCACAGACGCGCCUACUAUGUAAUUGAGAUGGAAAUGAAUAGACUAUUUCGUUCGGAGCACUUUACGAGCAACCGCGCGGAAUAUUUGAAAUUUACACCAUUAGAAGUUAGUCUACUAUAUGGGCGCAACAAUCGCCUUGUCAACUAUCGUAGCCAGAUAUCCCCAUUGAUUCAGGAGCUUGAGCAUGUGCCUGAGGAGGAUUUACCUAUUUUAUGGAUAGGUGAGCGCAAGUAUCGGGGUACAGACACCCGUAUUGUUGAGAUUGAACUGGAAUAUAUUGUACCUGGACCGCAGUUGUUUAUGAUCGAUGUGACUCAUGGGAUAUUGGGGCAUCCGAAGAUAUUGUAUGAUACCCUCUUAAACUUAUAUUGGCCUGCGGUACGGUUCGCCAACUUUUCAACGGAGUACGAUCCGUAUCAGAUCGUGCGACAGCCGUGUCUAAGGCUGCCCAACAUUGAUGAGAAUAAAAUUCGUAAAAUGUCCAGCAAAUACGAUCAAUUCUUUAAGGUCUUUCGCAUCUAUGAGCCGUUCAGCUUUCAUAUGCUCAUGAAGUGGAUUAGACGCGAUAAACUUAUCAAGUAUUACCGUACUGGCGGCGUUUUAGAGGACAUUUAUCUGCGCUGCACAAAGGAUCUGAACAACUUACGAUAUGGCCCCGGAGUGGACACCAUUAUUAGCAAAUACUUCAAGCUUAUUGCUAGAACUCGAAAGCACUCCAACGUUCACUAUGAUAAUCGAUCAAGCGUAGGUACCAUAUCUAAUUUGAGCAUGCAAAAAGAACGGAAAAAGCCAUUGCCAGACGAUCACUUCUUUGAAGAAUAAAAUAUGAAGCUAAUUCAACUAAUUCCUUUUAUUUAAUACCAAAAAAUAAUAACAAGUAUGCUAUUCAUUUGGUACUAAUUUAGAUAAGGAUUUUGGAUUAACAAGGAACAUUCUCCUUA